CCCCAAAUGCGGAGGAGAGGCAGGGGGCCCCCCUUGUGUGCCAUGGGGCUGGUUUGGGGGGAGGUUUGGGGACAACUCUUUGGAGUGUUGAAAGUCCCCAGGGAGGGAGAGCAAACCUGCCAAGAGAGGUUGGCCUCCUGUCUGGGAUUAUCUCCCCCGAAAGCAAAGCGGGUGAGGAUGGACGGUGUGUUUUGGAAAGAUCUCUGCUUUCCCCCUUUCCUUGCCUGGAGCAAUGGCGACCGAAGGGGACCCUAAAACACAGCAUCCAGUGGCCCUUUCCAAUGGUAGGAAAGCCUUUGAAGAGAGAUGGGGAGCACUUGAGGACCCUGUGUCUGUGUGCCUUUGUGUUUAAUUCAUGGCAGAUGCCACCAGCUGGGUCCUGUGGGCUUGCAGAGGCAGUGCCCCCCUCCUGCUCCCCUUUUCCUGCUCUGUGGAAUUGGGGGGGGGGGCACUGGGUCCCUUUUCUUGGAAACUGGCCCCCUGGAAGCCAUUAAACCGGGGAGAGGUUUGUGGUGGAGGGGGGCAGUCCUUGUCAGCCCUUCUCUCUGUCUGUCUGUCUGUCUGCCUUUUGUUCUCUGGGCUCUUGCAGGCAAGGCUGGGGAGGGGGCUUUUCAGAGGGAGGGGCCUCAGGCAGCGGCCAUCCUGUGGGGCCUUCCUUGCAGGAGUGGGCUGAUUGUUCCCAGAUGUGUGUUGCACAAACAUCUGGUUCCUGGAAGCCCGAGUGGGGCACGCAGGGGUCUCAGCGCAACGCACCUACGGUCAAUGGUUUCUGCAAAGGAGGAGCAGAGCGGAGGAGAGCCUUCUAGGAAACUUUCCUGGAGGACCAGCAGCAACAGGAUCCACUCCAGGCUCUCAGCCAGGAGACACCCCCCAGCGCACAUCUCUUUGCAGGACCAAGGCUGGGACGGACAAGAGACCUCUUUUCUCUCCUGCACUGCUCUUGCCAUGUUGGGCAUCAGUGCCUAGUCACGCAUGGGGCAAAUGGAGGACCCCACAUCCUGCCCAGGCCCCCUCCAGAGGACAUGGUUCAACUGUAGUCGUGCCAGGCUUGCAAGGUUUGUGCAGAGAGCCUGCUCCUGGUACUUGGUCCGAUUCCACCCAAGUUUGGGCCAAGGCCUCAGGCGCUCCGCAGCCCAGGGAUGGACCAAAGACAGGAGGGGGCCAACCAGGCUGUAACCCUCCCUAGGGCUGCCUCUCUGCCUGGAUGCAGCUCAGCUCAGAGCUAGUCAGCUGGAAGGGCUGAGGUCUGUGACUGUGCCUCUGGCUCUUGGCAACUCUUUGCUGUGAAUCCUCUUAACCCUGUGAGGUAGGCUAAAAAGGCAGGGAGCCCACGCAGACCCAGCCAGCUUCACAGGGGAGAGGCACUUGGAAAGCCUGCGUUCCAUCUUGUACUGCAGUUAAAACUUCUGAUGGAUAGGAAGCAUAGCAUGGAUUUGCAUUAUUGUGAAUCCACAAAUAUUUGGUUGUUGGUUUUUUUAAUCAAUUUUUUCUUAAGAUAAAAGUCUGAAUUGGGUAGAGGAAAUGUUAAUGGAUUAGAAAUGUUAUUUGGCAUGAGGGAAUGGAGUGCAUGGCCUGCUGUGUGGUGACCCCACACAUUGCAGCUCAAGCAACAUGGGGAACCUGACACCCCCUUCAGAAGGACUGCUGGCCCCCAAGGCGAGCCUCCCUUGUGUCUCCUGGGUCCAGGCCCAGCCAAGGAAUCCCACCAGUGGCUCCAGGAGAGGGCCUUUCUGUUCCGGCCUUGUCCUCACGCAUGCAGUCUCUGUAGUCACAAUGUGGCCUAUCCCCCGCCCCACCCGUGGCAGUGUUCCUGUUGCACAUUUUGUGGCUCUGUGCCCAGAGCCCUGGAGGGAUCCCAUGCCUGCCAGGCCCCUGUGUUGGUUCUGCCGAGGCGUGCAGGGUCAACAGCUGCCUUUCAGAGUCUGCAAAGGGAGGGGAAGUGUCUGCUUUCGAGUCUCCCAGACUUGCUGUACCCCAGAGGAUCCAUUUCUGGGCCAAGAGCAGGGGGUCCCAGGUGUGGGGAGGGAAGGGCUCGUUUUCCCAGGAGUAUGGCUGUUCCUUUGAGUUAGACCGGAGUGCCAAGCGGGAGGCGACUGGGGGGGUGGCCCACGUAGAGCAGUGGGUCUCUCGGGAUUUCUCCAUCAUGUGUAAGGGGUUUGCAGACAGUGUAGGGGAUAGGCUUUCCCCCCUUUCACUGGUUGCUGCUGAAGACAGCUGCUGGGAUCCUGUGGCUUAGUCCGACCUAGAAUAGGCCCAUCUCAUGGUGCAUCAAAUGGGGAGUCAGCAUGGAUGUAAAUCACACAGAUUUGGGUCAAUGUGCGUUAAAACGGCAGCGUGGGCUCAGUGUGGUUGGCUGGGGCUGACAGCACCUGGGUGGGAGACCCCCGGGGCCCUUGCUCCCGUUUUCCCCCUAACACUGCCAGGGGAGGGACGUGGCACUGGCACAUGGCCUGAAGUCCAAACGAGUGUCUUCCUGCCUGACGCCCAGGUGGUUCACUACUCUUGGGACGCCCAGGUGGUUCCCUUCUCUUUCAUUCCAGUUCCUCUGGCCAUUUCCUGAGCACCCAGAAGCCCCAUCUCCACCCGCCAAGCAUGAAGGCUCUGUUCCUCUUCCUCCUCUGCCUCCCAGCACUCCUGGCUCAGGGGCAGUACGACACGGAGGACCCGGCCUACCAUGACACACCAUACGUGCCGUAUGAAAUAGAAAGUCAAGACUAUUACGAUUAUGCUGGCAAUGACAUCUCCCCCCAGACUCCCGAGGAGCAGUACCAGUACCAGUCCCAGCAGCAGAACCAGCAGGAGGUCAUCCCUGCCCCAACCCUCGAUGCUGCCGAGACAGAGCCCACUGAACCCGGACCACUGGACUGCCAGGAGGAGCAGUACCCCUGCACUCGGCUCUACUCGGUCCACAAGCCCUGCAAACAGUGCCUGAAUGAGAUCUGCUUCUACAGCCUCCGCCGCGUUUACGUGAUCAAUAAGGAGAUUUGCGUCCGCACGGUGUGUGCCCACGAAGAGCUCCUCAGAGCUGACUUUUGUCGCGACAAGUUCUCCAAGUGUGGCAUCAUGGCGACUAGUGGACUCUGCCAGAGCGUGGCCAUCUCUUGUGCAAGGAGUUGUGGUGGCUGCUAAGCUGGAGUGGUGGACUCUGUGGCACUGGGGGGGGGGGGGCUUUUGUGCCACAGAUGCCAGAGCCACUGCCAUCUGUGGCCACCAAAGGGCCAAGACCAGCCCUGGGCCCAGUGCCUUCCUCCUUUGCUGCCAGGCUUUGUCCAAACAAGCCGUAGAAAAGUCUGCCUUGUGCCCAUUAAUAGUCUUGCGUGUCUGUGCUGUGUGCAGCUACACACAUCAUUUUAUAUUACCUGGUUCUUUUCUGGGAACACUGCACGCUUCUUUUUAAAAUGGAAGCUGCUUGGUGGUCCCAACGAAGCGCUGCCCCUGGCCCCCCGUCACACAGCUUUCUCACAGGGCCAAAGCCAAGGCUGUUGGGUUUGUGAGUCUCCUUUUUGUAUGAGUAACUCCUUUUUCCUCCUUUUCUAAAAAAUGUUUAAACAACUAAAAAUAAACCAGAAGUGUCACCA